AGUAGCAUGUACUGUGAGAUGUAGGAAUGGGUAAGAGGAGCGGAGGGAGGGGCAGAAUAAACCCCGCCUUGACUGAGCUUGACAAACUGGAACUGGGCUUAUCUGAGGAGAAUACUCGCCGACCAGAUAAAGUUAUCAGCAACCGCUUAGUCGCGGACGUCAGCGCUUACAAGAAGCUACACAAAUGGAAGAAGACUGCAGAAGGUCGGGGCUUAGUCGAGCAGGACGGAGCUGCAGAUCCUCUCCUCGAGCUUUCUUGGGGUGCCCCUAAAAACAGAAAUUUAGCCCUACUUUUCUAUUUCUUUAAACUAGCGGAGAAUCCUACCACGAUAGCAAGUUUUGAGUACAUAGAUCAGUUGAUAGCGGCUGGGGCAGAUGUUAAUGCUCAGGACAGGAUCGGACAGACUUUAUUACACGAAGUAGCCAGGGAUUGGAGUGAUGAUGUGGCAGAUUAUCUUUUAUCCAAGGGAGCUCAUGUAAACAUUCCAGACUGCCAAGGCAGGACUCCACUCCACAUAGCCUGCAGAACAGAGAAUGAUAGUGUAGUAAGGUGUCUCCUAAACCACGGAGCUGCUAUGGAGGCACUGACUGCGGGCGAGUUACAAACACCCCUCCACUACGCUGCUAGACACGAUGCUGCUCAGGUUAUAGAGGUGCUGCAUGAGUUUGGGGCGGGGUUGAACCCCCGGGAUUACAAGGGGAGGACCCCCCUCUUGUUAGCUGCGGAGUUGGACCGCUCCGUUGCUGCUAUCCAGCUGUUGGAGGCUGGAGCCAAGGCUGGGAUCAUCGAUAAAACUGGUCUACAUACACUUUGUGCCAUGGUAGAGAAGAUGCCGGCUGUUGCUAACAAAGCUUUGGAUCAGUUCCACGUGACCAACCGAGGAAGUAGACAACAGUUCUUCUUCCUUAACUAUCUUGAACCUGAUCCUGACAUAGACGAGGUCUCUUUUCUUAACAUGUCCGUUCUCGGUGCUAUUGUAUCAGCAAAAGAACUAAAACUAAUGAACCACCCGGCUAUACGGGAGAUCAUCAAGAUAAAAUGGAGGAAAUUCGGGCAGUCCCGGUGUCUUAUAAACCUGCUGAUUUACGGAGUUUACCUAGCCUCCUGGACUUGUGUUGUCUUCAUCUACCAACCUUGGAGACUGGAGCAGAUGAAAAGUGGAGACAGCACCGCCACCACUGACGGGGCCAACAUUGCUUCCGUGUGUGUCGCUGUUAUCCUCUUCCUUUACUUGCUGAUAGAAGAGUUCAGGGAUGUUUACCAGAGCGAGACUACACACAGCAGAUACAAAGAAUGGAGGUCAAAACAAAUCGAGCGAGAUUUACAAUACGUACCUGAUAAGUUAACCGAGGAGAAGGAGUAUCUUCAAAAUCAAGCUGAAAUAGUUCGAAGUUCAAUCUCGAGAUACCGGCAAGAUCCGUGGAACUGGUUCGAUUGGCUUGGCUACGUUUCCAUGUUAAUCACUUCAGUCUGCGUCCUGACAUGUCUGUACGGAGAAAGUCUGAAAACGGGGCAUCUUGAGAGUUACAAACAGUUUGCUUUAUGGACGAGCAGAUUCAUGUGCAUUACUAUCGUCCUCAUCUGGUUCAAACUUUUCAAGUACGUGAGAGUGUACUCUUUUCUGGGUCCAUUUGUUGUGAUCCUAGUAAACACGAUACACGACAUAAUCAAGAUCUGUUUUGUGUUUGUUGUCUUCUUCGUGCCUACAGUCGCCGUGUUUUAUCAGUUUUACUCUCACAAAGACGGGGAGAGUUUUGGCGGCGUCAGAGAAACCAUCUUCACCGUUUUCAGGAUGUUGCUAGUGGACGACUACGGUUACGAAGAAAUGACGAAUUUAAAAUUCGACAUACCCGUUGGUGAAACUACAGUAAUAGUUAAGCCAGAAGUCAGCUGGACUGACUUUCUUGUUUGUUAUUGGUUGCUAGUGGGAGCAAUCAUUAUACUGAACUUGUUUAUCGCUCUGAUGUCUGACACGUUCCAACGAGUGUUUGAUAACGCAGCGGAGGUGGCUUUACUGGAGAGAGCCACUAUCAUCUGCAACAUCGAGAGUAGCUUACCAGACAACAGGAAACGCAAGUUUCUCAGGUAUUUGAAAGAGAAGUGUGCCCCACUAGAAGCUUACUACGAUGAUGAUGAAGAUGAGGACGAGGAAGGGGAGGUCAAAAAAUUCACAGAACAGACUUCAUGUCAGACGUUCGAGUUAGUAAAGACGGUACAAUCUGAUCUGGACGGAUGGAAAGAGGAAGUUAUCCACGAGAUGAAGUCCCUUGUAGCAGAACAGGUGGUCACUCAGCGGGAGGAAAUCAGCAAACUCCAGGAAAGUGUCCGACAACUGACUCGAGUGCUGGAGGCUCAGAGUAACUUUAAAAAGGGAUUGGGUCAGGGUAGUGGUAGUAGUGGGAAGAGGAGUGGGGGAAGGAGUAGAAGUGGUCCGAGAUCAUCGGGGGACGGGAAAAGGUGAGCUCAGUCAUUGACAAAGGUCAAUGACAGGAACUGUUGACUACGUUUGAUUUUAUUGCAGAGUGAAAUAUGAUAUUUGUGGUUUUGGGAAUGAGAAGAUAUGGGCAGCAGAAUUGCAAUAGGCAUGCACCUCGGUUGUUUGUACAAACGUUUAUCUGACGGACAAUUUUAUUUGUUUAUUUAAUUUCAUAAGUUUUGACGCUUUUUAUAGAAGUGAGCUCGCAUAUCUUAUUUGAGAAGAGAAUAUCAUCAUUAUAUUUUAUCAAUAUCAUGUCUGAAUUUCU